AUGAAUAAUCAACCUAUAUGUGAUGAACCCGUCACAAUCAACCCAACCUCCGACCUCGUCACUUUCGAGGACACCCCAUCCUUCUACGUCCCCGGACAGGACGUUUUCGUCAUCUACACGCUAGGCAGCGACUUCAAGCCCACAUCCCGCGACUGGGUGGGUGUGUUCCCGUGUGGAUGGAGCAGCCUCUCAAAAUACCUGACUUUCCAGUGGUCGCCGAAGGAACCGCGCAACUCUAAGUUCCCUAACAUCAGAAGUGUGAUGUUUUUGGGAAAUGAUAUUCAGGUUCCAUCAAACCAAGACGACAAAUUCCAGUUUCUCUACAUCAGUAAACAACACGUGGUUGGUGUCAGUCGAAGCUUUGUCUUCUCAGAGUUCUCCCCCGAAGGACUGACCUGCACGGAGGAGGAUUUGGAUUCCCUCGGACCUGUCACUAUCGUGGAGACAACAAACGACCAGAAAGGUCUUACGGACAACUACGACCUCCUGGUUAACGCUAGCUCCUCUGACUCUUGGUCAGACAGUGACCUACCGCCUCUUAUUGAUGUAAAGGACACCUUUACCUUAGUCGACGUCCCGACUACCAAGCCUAGCCCUCUUGAAAUGGUCCCCAUCAAGCCCGCCAAGGCAGCCUCAGACCCUGACAACAAGGAGACGGCCGUUAUCCCCUACAAGUCGAAAACCAUUGUGCCCAUUUUCAACACGAUAGCCAAAGAAGUGGAGGACGAGUUGCUGUGGCCUAUUUCGACCCUUCGGACACCCCCGCGGACACCGUCUCCACUCAAGGACUUGGCGCUGAGAGGCGCCUGCGGUGGUCCCGCCAUCUCCGUGGUUUCCAAACCCACCACGGACAAAGUCUUCAGUGAUUUCUUGCAACUCCUGAGCAACCUGAACCUCGAGUCGACGGCUCCUGCACCAGAACGUCCACUCAAGGUCAAGACGGCCCCAAGUCCCAUCUUUGGCAACACGGUCGCGAGGAAGCGGUCCUCGUGCAAGGUGUGCCGCCACAAGGAUGUGAUUCUGGCCGAGGCCAAGGACCAGAUAUACUGCCUCAAGAGGGAGAAGGCGGACAUCAAGAGGGAUUUGGAUGAAGUCCAGUCAGAAAUAGACCUCAAGAGCAUUCUCCUAGAUGAAAUAGCCAAACAGGUCAAAAACCUCAUCUCAGAGAACACUAACCUGGUGAUGAUGAAGGAGAAACUUCAGAGGCAGACGGACUGGUGGGAGUGCUCCUCGUGCAAGACCAAAGAUGACCUCACCCAGGCCAUUGGGACUCUCCGCUCGGGAAACAAACGACUCUGCGAACAGAACAAGGACUUGGAAUCAAACCUCAAGUCUUCGCAGUCCGAACGCAACAAACUCAGCAAGGAACUUGAUAUCCUGAAGUGUCAGCAGCACGACCUCGGCGGGAAGUACUCCUCUCUGGAACAACAUCUCAAUGACAUCAUGUUCACCCUUUCCACCAAGGGAGUGGAUAAGAUUGUCGACAGGAAUGGUAACAACACCACCCUGGACACGACGCAGGGAUCGCUCCUCGACAUCGAGGGAUGGCAGGUGGCUAUGCCAAGGAAAACUGGCAAGCAUUUGGCGACUAUAGCGGCCAAGAAUGAGGUGAUCAGGGACCUGAGGUCAGCCAUGGAGGGAUUGGAGUCAAAUCUUAACUCCCUUCAGUCAGACAUAGAUGCCCUGCGCAAGGACACGAAGGACACCAAGUCAGAGCGCGACCACGUAAAAGAGCAACUGGAUUUCCUCCAACGGGACCACCUCGAGGUGAAGAACCAAGAGGAGUCUCUCUCGAUGAUGCUGGGAGCCGAGAGGAAGCAGAAGACAGAGCUUAUCAGGCAACACAAAGCAUCCGAAGAGGAUUACAGGAAAAGGAUCGACUGCCUCACGGCUGCCCUCGAGGCUGCCAAGAUGGGGUCUAAAUGUCGGAAGGACCAGUGCUGCGAGACCACUAGACCAGUGAGUGUGUCUGUGUCAAGCCAGUCGGAAAGCCAAAAGAGCCUCUCAAAAGCCGUGCAGACGAAGGAUAAACAGAGCACCAACAAAGUGCGGGACUGUGAACCGAAGCCUGGACGAGCUGAGAAACAAGACUCGUUUCCGAGUCCUGAUACCUUGGCCACGCCGAGUGCCCCGAUCACCAUUCAAGCUCCCCCGCUGAUUUGGCAUGAAUUCCCCAUGGACCUGACAUCUUUUGUGCCUAAGGAACCUACCAUGGUAUGCCAACAACCCUCUAUUGCCCCCGAAUCUCCCAAGCUGCCCGAGUCACAUGAGCCAGAGGAAAGACCUCUUCACCCACUGUGGCCCAUGUGCUUCACCAAGGAUGAUGUAAAGCCUAAGGUCAAACCAGCAGAGAAAAAGGAACCACAGAGGUACAACAGCUUCAAACCUCUCUGGUUGGAAUCGUUAUUCUUCCCUUCCAACACUACGAAAGUCGAGGGAGAGAAGUCGAAGAAAUCUUCCGAACACGACAGCCCCGAUUCAGCUCCCAAAACACCUGACAAGAAAGAUGAAAAGAAAACAUCAAAGAUGCUGCGAUUCUCGCCUGCUCCCCUCCCUGCUGACGUCACACCAACGUCUGCUCAAGCCAAGCCGCAGAAGACUCGCUACUCUGGGAAAACAAGAAAAGCGAAGAAAGCCGAGUUUGCAAGGAUGCUUCGGGAAACCGAAAUGCCGAAGCCGUACCAGACUGACUCAUUCCGGAGUUGGGCGAUGCCUUCGCGCGACGCCAUGAACGACUUCGUCUGCCCGUAUUGCGAGUAUUUUUUUCCAAGUGGGACUUCUCAAAUGACAAUCGACCGGCAUCUGCGCUUCCAUUCAAAACUCAACUCAAACCUUGAGUAA